AGAAGGAGGUGGAGGAAUAACAAUGAAUCCUACACCGCGGGUCGUCGGACAUAUUUUGAAACAAAGGGAAAGAAAAGAAAAUCUUGAAGAAAGGAUUAAUCUGUAUCGAACUGCACUUGACGGUGAUUGGGAUAAUGCUCUAUACAUUUUGGACCAUAAUCCAUCGUUGUUAAGUGCUUCAAUAACGAGAGACAAGGAGACAGCUCUUCAUAUUGCUGCUGGAGCCAAGCACACCAAUUUUGUGGAAGAGCUUGUAAAAAAAAUGAGCAAGGAGGAAGUUGGUAAGAAAAAUAGACAUGGAAAUACUGCCUUGUGCUUUGCUGCUGCUUCUGGAGUUGUAAGAAUUGCUGAGCUGAUGGUGGAGAAGAACCAGGAUCUUCCACUUAUUCGUGGCUUUGGGGAUGUUACUCCUCUUUUCAUGGCAGUUUCUUACAAAUGUAGACCCAUGGCUUUGUAUCUCUUGUCUGUCACUGAACUCACUGAGCUAACCUCCCAAGAAAAGAUCGAGCUUCUUAUUGCCACCAUACAUAGUGACUUUUUUGAUAUCAGUGUAGAAAUCUUGGAACAUGAUACAACUUUGGCUACUAAGAAUGACACAAAAAAUAACAACGAGACAGCAUUGCAUGUCAUGGCUAGAAAACCAUCAGCAAUUGAUAGAGGAAAUCAGCUAAACUUUUGGAAAAACUGCAUCAAUUCCGUGAAAAGAGUCUCCAAUAAUGAAGAAGAAGAGAUGAAGACAUUAGCCCGUGAGUUAGUUGAAUCAUUAUGGAAACAUGUUGUAUAUGAGUUGCCACAAAAAGAAAUGUUGAGCUUCAUAAGGCAUCCUUCAAGAUUGCUUCAUGAUGCUGCCAGUGUAGGAAAUGUUGAGUUUUUGGUUUUGCUCAUUCGUAGAUAUCCAGAUAUUGUAUGGGAAGAAGACGAUGAUGGUAAAAGUAUAUUUCACGUAGCGGUUGAGAAUCGACUGGAGGAUGUGUUCAAUCUAAUAUAUGAGAUUGGUGGCCUUAAGGACUUUUCUGCAAAAUAUAGAACAACUCUCAAAGGAAAAUAUAACAUUUUACAUUUGGCUGCAAAACUAGCUGCUCCAAACCAUCUCAACAGAGUCUCAGGAGCCGCCCUUCAAAUGCAACGUGAAUUACUUUGGUAUAAGGAAGUGGAAAAGAUAGUUCUGUCAUCCCAACUAGAGGCCAAAUGUGAUGAUCCUCUUAAGUUGACACCACGAGAGUUAUUCACUAUAGAGCAUAAAGAUCUCCGCAAAGAUGGCGAAGCGUGGAUGAGAAACACAGCAAACUCUUGCAUGCUUGUUUCAACUUUAAUUGCCACAGUCAUAUUUGCAGCAGCAUUCACAGUUCCUGGUGGUGAUGAUAUUGAAGGCACUCCUAUAUUUCGAAGGAAGUUUUGGUUCACUAUUUUUGUUAUAUCAGAUGCAGUUGGUUUGAUCUCUUCAUCAUCCUCUAUUUUGGUGUUCUUGUCAAUCCUAACUUCACGGUACGCCGAACACGAUUUCUUGCACUCCUUGCCCUCUCGGUUGCUUAUUGGAUUUACAUCGUUGUUUGUCUCCAUUGUGUGCAUGGUGGUGGCGUUUAGUGCAACCUUCUUCAUUCACUACCACAAUAAUGCAAAUAUAUGGGUUCCUACAAUAGUGGCCACAACGACGAUUGUUCCAGUUUGUUGCUUUUGCAUGCUUCAGUUUAAACUAUGGGUGGAUAUAUAUUAUAACACCUAUUUGUCUAAAUUUCUUUUUAGGCCUCGUCAACGUAAAUUGUCCUCAUCAUCUCCCAUUACUGUUUUUUUCUCAUCUACGACCAUUACUGGCUCUUCCACUUUACCCUUGGUCGAGGCUAUUUAUAAUGAAUCGUCUGAACGUACAUAUAUUGAGCAUCCCCACUCUACCCCUCGUUGAGUGCCUUGCAUGCUGCAAUGUUGUCAUCUACUUGACCUUCGGUCACGGAUAGAUAGUAAUGUAUAGGCUAUCAUUCAUAACUUAAGUAUUCUUUAUUAUUAUUACCAGUGAUAAUCUUCUAUUUUUGGUGUAUAAAGUAAUAAAAGUAAUAUAUCCUUCUAUCAUUAAUAGUAGUAAGAGCGAUAGUUUCUACGAUUA